AUGCACAUGCAUCACUGCAGAAGCAGUCACUGCGGCAACUGCUACGAGACCUCCUUCGGCCAGAAGUGCGACGGCUGCGGCGAGAUAUUCCAGGCCGGCACGAAGAAGCUGGAGUACAAGGGGCGUCAGUGGCACGAGAAGUGCUUCGUCUGCGUCUCCUGCAAGCACGCCAUCGGCACGGGCUCCUUCGUGCCCAAGGACAAUGAGAUCUACUGCGGCCGCUGCUACGAGGAGAAGUUUGCGCUCCGCUGCUCAAAAUGCAUGAUGCAGCCAUCCAACAAGCGGGCCGGGUUU